AUGCUGAACCCAAACGAAGAAGAAGUGAACACAGAAGAAAUCUCGAUGGCCACAAUUUUGGAUUUAAAACCACCACCUCCGUUUGAUGCAGAGGGUGAUAAUUCCUCGCUAGCCCAACGCUGGAAAGAAUGGCGAGAACGUUUUAAUAUGUAUACAGUAGCUGCCAACAUCAAGGAUGAUGCACAGAAACGCGCAAUGUUAUUGUAUGUAGCUGGCCCGUCGGUUCAUAAAAUAUUCAAAACACUACAAGACACCGGGACAGAUUUCAAAACAACUCUAGAGAAGCUCGACGAAUAUUUUCAGCCACAAAAGAACGUAAUAUAUGAACGCUAUGUGUUUAAACAGACACAUCCAACGCCUGGAGAAUCGGUAGACAGCUACAUAACUCGUCUACGUACACUAGCCGAAACGUGUGAAUUCGAAAGCGCCGAGAAUGAAACACGCGAUCAGUUUGUUAUGGCAUGCUCGUCUCAUGGAUUUCGUACGAAGCUUUUACGCGAGACAGAUCUGACAUGGGCUAAGCUUAUUACCAUUUCGCGAGCGAAGGAAUUAGCAGAAAAACCAGCGUCGAAUAUCUCGGGACACAAUAAAUCUCGGAACAAUGUUAAUCGUGUAAAAGACGAGGGAAAUGACGAAGCUAAAGACAAGGUAAGACAUGCUAAAUAUGUACCAAAACCACACAAACAAAAUCAAUGCCGAAAUUGUGGAAAUGAAUUUAAAUAAGGGCAUAAAGAUGUCUGUCCUGCGAAGGGCAAAACCUGUAGAGCUUGUGGAAAGCUCAAUCAUUUCGCUACAGUUUGUCGAAGUCGAAAAAAUCCCCCGAAAGAUAGUAAGAAAGAUUCGAGAGAGUCUGUGAGAGUUGCACAACAACAAACCCAAUAACAAAGCCCUCCUAAGUCGUCCGACGAUGAGUAUACUUUUGCUGUUUCAUCAUCAAAAAUAACUAACAUUCAAAUACAGAUCAAUGGGACCCCUAUCGCUGUGACUAUCGAUUCAGGAGCGACGACAAAUAUUCUUGAUAGUGAAGCAUUCGCUUGUAUUAGGAAAAGAAAUAAACAUGUACAAUUAGAGCCAACACAAACAAAUAUAUAUGCAUAUAAUGCCGUUCUGCCCUUGCCAUUGCUCGGAAAAUGUCGUUUAGCGGUUGAAUCGAAUGGAAAGCGUACAAUAUCGACGUUUUAUGUUGUCAACGGCAAAGCGGGAUCACUUCUCGGUAAUGAAACAGCCGCAGAGUUAGGUAUUUUAAAAAUAAAAGUUAACGAAGUCUCUAAAUUUCAUAGCAUGAAAACAACCGGAAGUCGAGGUAGGAAUGAAAUCAACACCGGAAGCCACUCAAACGGAAGUGACGCGAACAGUCAAAGUGACUCCGGAAAUCGAGAAAUAAGGGACAGAAAUAGCAUGAAAAACAUUGACAUUAAUACACAGAAAAUUUUAGAUAAAUUUCCAGAACUCUCUGACGGAAUAGAGUGUUUCAAAUGUCUCACAAAUUACAAGAACGCAAGUGAAGAAGACCAGAAUGAUGAAGAAGACGAUUUUGACGACGGCAUAGUAGAAAACCAGCAACCAACAUCAGUUGAAGAGCAACAACCAGAUCUACAACGAAGGUAUUGUCUUAUUAGACAAAAUCGAAGACCACCGGACUUUUAUAGAAGUUAGACAUGUUAAAACUAGUUAAAUAAUUACUGGUAAAGCGGACACGUAGACUUUAUAAGGUAAUAAGCAAUAAACGGCAAUUAACAUUAAUGAGUUAUUUUAAAGAAAAGCAGGGAUGUAAUGUAGUCACGUCAUGUAACGUGGUGUAAUAUAUAUUUAGGUAUCAGAAAGAGACCACGUGUAAGAAAAUAGGGUUUUGAUAUUGAAGGCAAUAAAAGUACAUUUUUAUACUGUACAACUUGUACUAAAGAGAUACAUUAUACCGUACACUUUAUUUUAACUGCUAUUUAGAUAGAAUACUAUUGUUGUCAAAUUGAUUUUGUCCUAAAGCCCGUGGUGUAACAC